ACAGUGGGGAUCCUGGGAGUGAAAGUGGGGCGCUAGAAGCGGGGGCGAGAACAGCACAAGAUGAGGGCUCGAGUAGACCGCGGAGGGCGGGGAGUCCGUGAUCGAGAGCAGCAAUGUGGCGCAGUAGGCGGGACUAAGGAGGCCGAGGCGGGGAUUGGCGGGCAGUCCUGAACUGCCGUACGUCGGUGGUGACGCACGCUUCGGGGAGGGUGCGCGCGCGUUCAGCGGCCUCUUUGUGUGGUGCCCAGAAAGGGGAGCGGAGGUGGCGGCGGCUGUACUGGUAGCGGCGGCCUUGGCUGUCUUUAAGUCUCCUCGGCUCGCCUCUAGCCAGCACCUUUCCCCUUCCCUCCCCUUCCUUUUUUCCUUCCUUCCCUCCCCUUCCCUUUUUCCCUUCCCCGUCGGUGACCGGCGGUGGCGGCUCCAGCAACGGCUGGGCCCAAGCUGUGAAGAGGCCUUAGAUAACCAUAACGGCGACGGCGAAACCUCGGAGCUCGCAGGGCGGGGGCAAGGCCCGUCCUGUGGAGAUGGAGAAUUCCCAGUUGUGUAAGCUAUUCAUCGGAGGCCUCAAUGUGCAGACGAGUGAGUCGGGCCUGCGCGGCCACUUUGAGGCCUUUGGGACUCUGACGGACUGCGUGGUGGUGGUGAACCCCCAGACCAAGCGCUCCCGUUGCUUCGGCUUCGUGACCUACUCCAAUGUGGAGGAAGCCGAUGCCGCCAUGGCCGCCUCGCCCCAUGCGGUGGACGGCAACACGGUGGAGCUGAAGCGGGCGGUGUCCCGGGAGGAUUCGGCACGGCCCGGUGCCCACGCCAAGGUUAAGAAGCUCUUUGUCGGGGGCCUUAAGGGAGACGUGGCCGAGGGCGACCUGAUCGAGCACUUCUCGCAGUUUGGCACAGUGGAGAAGGCGGAGAUUAUUGCCGACAAGCAGUCGGGCAAGAAGCGUGGUUUCGGCUUUGUGUAUUUUCAGAAUCACGACGCGGCAGACAAGGCCGCAGUGGUCAAGUUCCAUCCAAUCCAGGGCCAUCGUGUGGAGGUGAAAAAGGCCGUUCCCAAGGAAGACAUCCACUCCGGUGGGGGUGGAGGCGGCUCCCGGUCCUCCCGGGGCGGCCGAGGCGGCCGGGGUCGAGGCGGCGGUCGAGACCAGAACGGCCUGUCUAAGGGCGGCGGCGGCGGUUACAACAGCUACGGUGGUUACGGCGGCGGCGGCGGUGGCGGCGGCUACAAUGCCUACGGAGGCGGCGGAGGCGGUUCGUCCUACGGUGGAAGCGACUACGGUAACGGCUUCGGCGGCUUCGGUAGCUACAGCCAGCACCAGUCCUCCUAUGGGCCCAUGAAGAGUGGUGGCGGCGGCGGUGGAGGCGGCAGCUGGGGCGGUCGCAGUAACAGUGGACCUUACAGAGGCGGCUAUGGCGGUGGGGGCGGCUAUGGAGGCAGCUCCUUCUAAAAAAUUAAAAUGCCUGGAAGUGGCUAUAGGGGUAGCUCUUUUCAACAACCCAAGUGGGGUCAACUCCUAAGUCCCUUCCCCCCAACCGCCUUUCCUAUUUUGCCCUUGGGGGAGCCGCUUCUAAGGCUACUUACCCUUGGGGUUGUUCCCCUAUUUGCCUGUCACCUCUCUUGUCUCCCUUUGAAGUUGGACUCGGCCCCACAUACACAUUUUUAUGUUACAGUCAUUGAUGGACUCUAUUUUUUUAUUAUUACUUGGACCUUGGUCGUUUUUAUACUAGCAAAAUGUCUUGUUUUAAUUUGUGUUUUUUGGGGGAGGGAGUGAAACUUGCUGAUUCUGUAGCAAAACCUGGGCGGGGGAGGGAGCUGGGGGGGUAGUUUACUUUGUUGUAAGGACUUGAUACCUGGCUACAGCGUUUUCUAUGAAAUCUACUUGGAUCCCAUGCCUGAAAUUUGGAAGCAUAUGUACAAAAAUCAUUUUUACGUUUUAUUUUUAAUAAAUCAUUGUGUUUGACCGUAUAUGUCUAACAUUUUUUUUUCUAGGAUCCAUUCUGAACCGUUUUAAGGGAUAUUAGUUUAAGAUUUUUCGUGUUAAUUCUUACUUUUUGAUGUGUACUUUUAAGAGGUCUCAUGGGUUUUACUUCCCCCUGCUGUCCUAGUGACAUGUUGAAUUUUAUUCCUUACGGGCAAAACUUUGGAAGUGGUGGAUGUGGCUUUUAAAAAUCUUUGAAGUUUUUGUGCAUCCAUCUCUUGUACUAAGCGGUUUGCUUAUCUUGACAUGGUUGGUCACUUCUUUCUAUGACAAUUCAAAGUAUGUACUGUGUAGUUCUAAAAUAGUUUGUGUUAAGCAUGUGUUUUUCUUCAUAGAAACUGUUUAAAAUUUUUCAUUGCCCUAGUUUCAUCCCUCUUGGUUUGUAAUGAAUGGUUACAAAUAAUGGGAUUAUUAUAUUUUACCCUCAAACUAAAUGCAUUUUUGUAUUUUCAGAGCAGGUUUGAACGUUUUUUUCCCCCUGUAUCUGAACUGUUGUCCUCAUGGAAAUCCUUCACCCAACCUUUGUAGCACCAUCUACUGGCAGAAUGGCAAUAUAGCUGCAAAACAAAUUGUUGAAAAACUUAUUUAGGACAAUUGCAUCAGAUUUAGAAGUUUUGCUAUCAAAAAUCUGCAGACUUGGAAGUUAACACAUCUACUUGUAACUGAGAUGGGCUUCACAGAAAUGUAGUUAUCAGUCCAUAUCACAGUCGCCCUUUCUACUGAGAUUUGAAAUUGUAAACUGCUAUGCAUAGCUUGGGCAAUAGCCCCAAAUUGCUAUGACAACUAAAGAGCCAGCUAUGUUUACUGGUAUUUUAGGUGCAAGUUGUAAAGCAAAAUAUCUGUGUAUUCUGCUUGGUUAACAAAUGUAUAUUUGUAGCCCUUUCAUGCAAUAGAAUUCAAGUUGUUGUUUAUAAAAAAAAAAAAACAAAACUGAUAAUAGGAAAAAAUUGCCUUCCUGGAUAGAAAUAUAGAAUAGCAACGUUUAUGGAUAUCACAAAUAAAGAAUUCAAUUCUUUA